AUGGAGAGCCUUGAGAAGAAACUCGAAGACGUAAGAGCGGAGAACGAAUACUUGCGCAGUCUGAUGCAUAAGAUACUUGAUUCGAUAGUUAUGGGUCGUGUGACCAACCUUGGUUAUUCCGAACCAAUUGAGGAGAUUGGCAACAUGGGCAACGAUUUGAUGAUGGAUGAAGGUAAGGAUGCGCUUCUUAGACUAAGGUGUGAUUUUGAGAGACACAAGCUCGAGGUCGAGGAGAAAGUUGUUCCAUUCGUCGAAAGGGAGAGAACUGCGAUAUCAGAGAGAGAAAGUCUUAUGAGCUCGUUGAUUAAUGAGAAUUUCGUUAUCAAAGAUGAAAUAAACUUGCAAAGGGCACUCGUGAAUAGCCUUAGAAAACAGGUACAGUUUCUUUUAUUUCGUGGAAGACUGAGGCCACAGUUUUAUUCUGAUAAUGAGGACCUCAACGACAUACCAUCACGGUCGAGUUCUGAGGAACGUCUAAAUCUUAAGCUAUGA